AUGGCGCGUUUGAUAUAUUGGGAUCGUGUCACUCUACUCUCCGCGGCUAUCGCGCUCUCAGUCUCACUCGACGACACCGACACCAGCAGCAUAUCGACCGGUCUGUUCGAGGAAAUCCUGCUGCGAGGGUUCUGUUUCUAUUACCUCUAUCGUGCCUGGCAGGCGCAGCCCAAUGCGCUGGUCAAAGCGGGGCUCGCGCAGGCGCUGAUCUUCGGCCUCGCACAUGCCUACAACAUCUUCCAGGCGCCGCUCGGCGAUGUUGUCCCGCAGGUCAUCUAUGCCACCUUGCUGGGGAUCGGCUUCGCCGGGAUUGCAGCCUAUACGCGCAGCCUGUGGCCGGUGAUCGGCAUCCACGCCUUUAUCAACGCGAUGGGCGAUCUUGAUGUGUUCUUCGGCGUCGAAGCACCCGCGGAGGCGGGCAGCGCGUCAGGCUAUCUCGCCGCGAUUGCGGUUAUGUUCGUCGUCUCGACAAUUCCCGGCCUGGCUAUGCUGCGCCGCCGCCAGGCGCAGAUGUAUGAGGCACCGCACCAUGCAUGA